UGCUUGUGUUUUUGUUAUUGUUGUGAGUGGUGUGUCACGGCGUAUCACGGUGAAUGUGUUAAGUCUCGAUUACAGUUGUCAUCAGUCUCAUAGAUGAGUUUUCUGAGUCUUAACCGAACGUCGUUUCGCGGGAUGAAAUUGUUUUGAUCAUCUAAGCAAAAUCGGGUGCAUCACUAUUCUGUUGCCAUGGAGAAGAUAUGCGGGGUGGAGUUUCGGAACAUCGGGAGUUGUUACUUCCCUCAGAGCAGAGUGGACUGUCAUUACACCAUCAAUGCACAUCACACGUGGGCCAGUAAUGACUGGGUUGGACUAUUUAAGGUUGGCUGGUCAUCAGUCAGUGACUACCAUACAUUUGUGUGGGCUGUAGCUCCAUCCAACUACAAAGAGGGGAUGUCCGUCAACUGCUGCGUUAAUUUCCAAGUUUCUUAUCUACCAGGGACUAGUGCUCAGCAAUACCAGUUUGUGUAUGUCGAUGGAAAGGGGGAGGUUUGUUCUUGCAGUACUGCCUUUACCUUCUCAUCCCCGAAGCCUCUGGAAGAGCUGGUGAUGCUGGAGGAGGAGGGUCAGGGGGAGGAAGUGGGCGAGGAUAUGUUACUUGUCAUCCCCAGAGCCCAGUUACUCCAGAGUCGCCUGCAGGAGUGUCUGAAAGAGCGUGCAGAGCUGCUCAAGGCUCUGGAAGCAACAGACCAGAACAUGGAAAAAGAGAAAGACAGGAGAGUGAGAGACAAAAGUUUCUGGGAGGACAACCGCAAGGAACUUGAAAGAAAGAUCAGCGAGCUGAAGGAGGAAGUGAGAGAAUAUAGAGCAAAAGUAGAGGGAAUGAAGAAAAAGCAGAAGGAGGUUAAAGAUUUAGGUGAGGCCCUGGCAGAGGAGAAGAAAGCCCUCCUGGCUCAAAAAGAAGCUAAUGAGCAGAAGAUCAGGGAACUAGAGGAGGAUAUUAAAGUACUGACCCAGAGAGGCCUGGAGAGAGAAACUGACAUAGAAAGAAUGAGGGAACGAGCUAAGAAAGCAGCUGUACAGAAGAAGGAAGACGAGGAUGAACACAAGAACCUUAAGUUAAAGAUGGAGCAGACCGAGAAAGAGCUGCAUGGUCUGUCUGCAGAGUUUCAGAGUCUGAGAAGCUCACUGGCCCAGAGAGAUACACAUGCCCUACAGCUCCAAGACACCAUCUCCACCCUCACACACAAACUCAAAAGUGCUCACAGGAAAGAGGCAGCCAAUGAAGUGGCUCUGGGUGAACUCCGGAGUGUUCAGGAACGUUUGAACGUGAGUGAGCGCUGCGUGGAGACUCUCAGGGGGGAGCUGAGAGAGAUGGUCGCUCAGAGGGACACUGCACGCGCUGAGCUUCAUCAAGCCCGUCUGCAGGCCGCACAGCUCACACUGCAGCUGGCUGAUGCCAGCCUGGCUCUGAGAGAAGGCAGGGCCAGCUCGGCACAAGAGAGAGAGACCAUGCAGCAGAAUGCUGAGAUGCACAAAGUGUGUCUGGACCGACUGAAUGAUGAGAUCCAGCAGAAAGAGGAGUUGUUGCAGGAGGCGAGGAUGGAGAGGGAGAAAGCAGUGGUGGAGCUGGGACGAGAAAAAGACUGCAAUCGGGUUCAACUGAGCGAGACUCGCCGUGAGCUCCAGGAACUGAAGGCCAGUUUAAGGGUGGCUCAGAAAGAGAAGGAACAGCUGCAGACAGAAAUACAGGAAGUGAUGGAGUACAGCCGCCAACUGGAGAGAAGGAUGGAGGUGCUGAGUGAUUCCAAAUGGAGUGAAACAGCCCUGCUGAACAGCAGCCGUGCAGAGAGCCCACUACUGUCUGAUUCGGAGGAUGAGAAUCCUGAGGCCUUGCAGGACGCGCACUCUUCUGGGCCUCUGAACCACUACAGUCUUUGCGAGCAGCCCCAGGCUGACCUGCUGCUCCCAGCCACCCCACCACCCUCUCCCAGGCACCCCUCCAGCAUGGACACAGUAGUCAUCAGCCAACCUGCACCUUUGUCCUAUCCGCUCCAGCCCAAAGCUCAUACACACUCUCACAGCUCUGAGUCGGAGGAUGAGAAUGAAGCCGCUCUGUCAGCUGGGCACAGCUCUGGAGAGGAGACAGCCCUUCUCUUGCCUGACAGUAGAGAUGCUACCCUCGGAGAUCUGGCAGAGAGUUCCCUGUGGUGAAAAGUAGAACUGCAGAGGGCCAGCACAGUGUGGAUGGCUUCACGCCACUGCAACUUGUGUUAAAUGUUUUGUAUUUAGACGCAUUUGCGCUUUAUAUUAUAUUGACAUGAGUAUUUAAAUAUGCAAUUUGCUUUAUACUUUAUAUGCACUUAGUAUAUGCACAAGCUAUUAGUCCUCUAAAUGUAUCACACGGUUUUACUGAAAUUUGCCCAGGCAUGUUAUUUUUCACAUAUCAACUGACAAACAGAAAGAGUGUCUGUAAUGAGCGAAAGGAAAGAUUGUAUAUGAGGAGGAAGUAAUGUGUUUUGUUUGUGUGUGUGUGUGUAUGUUACAGUUGUUUAUCUAUUUGAAUCUUGCUUCUCUUGGUAUUUACUUAAGUUCUGUCACAAGUCUCAUUCUGCUAUAUUACCAUUCAUCUGUAAUCAGCAAUAAUUUAAAGCACAAUGUUUGACAUCUUUUCAGGUUUUUAAUGUAAGGUUUAGUUUGGGUGCUCUUCAUUUUGUGGGUCUUGUAGUAGAAAUAUUUUUGACAUUUUGUUGCAGAAUCUUAAAAGUCUUUUGAAGAAAGUUUCGGGGAUUGUUCACAGAUGACAUGGUUAUGUGCAAUGGGACACACUAGCAACCGAUCAUUAUGUUUCAUAGUAAAAGAGUGACAUUUUUCAUAGAUUCAUUAAAUUUACUUUCAACCUAAUGUCAAAUAUUCAUAUAUGCAAGCUUUUAUUUGGUGAUAUUUUAAUUAGUCUGAAUUUAUUAAACAUUUUAAUUACUCUGAAUUGUUAUUGGGUGCUUACUGUAUUUAUCAUAGUUUCAUGCAUUAUAUUGAAUCACUAUUUGACAUAACAUAGAGAAUACUUAUUUGUAUUGACUUGGAUAUGAGUAAUUAGUACUGUAGAAAGGUAUUUUAAUUUUAAGGCAUUAUUUUGUCCAACAAAUCAAACUGUUUAAAAAUGUGCCUCAUAAAAAUGAACAAAGCAUAUAUUAAAAACGUGCAAAUAAUGAAGGGAAAUAUGACAACAUAUUAUAGUUUUUUUCCAAUAUUUACUUUUUUUUUUUUUUUCAGUCUUUAAAACAUUUUUAGUUUUGCUCACAGUAUUCACAGAACUUGCAUUGUGUUUGGUUGAUUUUUUUUUUAUUGCUGUUAUCUUUACUCAAGGGACAAGUUUGAAUAGCUCUUAUGUUAUUUGCCUUUUAUACAACACAUUUUAACAUCUGUAUUGACUUUAAGUGAUGUCAACAUUAUUACACACUGAAACAUGCUUUAGCUGUUACUCUGUAUUCAUCAGCCUACUAAAUGUUUGACUUUUGUAUUGUACUCUUGACUAGGUUUUUCUUUCAUAGUUGGCUGUACUCUAGAACAUUAUGCUAUUGUCAAGAAAUCUGGGAUUGAAUACUGUACAUCAUUUUCAUGAGUUAAACUUCUCUUGUUCCCACAAACUCUAAAAGUUUGACCACAGUUAAAAGAAUUUUGACCACAUUUACCAGAAAAUCGUUUAUGGCAGGUAAAUGUUAAGAUAAGUCAUACGUAAUUGUCGUCAAUUUAUUUCUAUUAUAUAAGAGAUUCAAUAAUGUCUAAGAGACAUUAUUUUUAAGAACGCAGGUCAUUUGUGGGCAAUAUGAUUUUUGUCAACUCUGUCAGAGAAUUUGACUUUUGUGCAGUUCUUUCUAUAUUCACUUAUCUAAAAUGUUUUAUUUUAUUUGUAUUUAUUGUUUUAGGUUAUGCUGUUUUGUGCAGGGUGUGGAUGGGUUUCAGUAAUAAAAUAAUGUAACAUUU